GGCAGCCCAGCCCCGUUACGCACUCACCUCGCGUUCACAUACCCGGGGAGGGCAGUAGAAAGGUGAUCAAUCUUCAUCAGGCUACAUUUCCAAUCACCUAAACAACCGGGCAAGACAAGCCACUCCGACAAGGUUGGCUGCCCCGCGGGUUGGUGAGGGCGCGAGGUAGAUGGUGACCGGCCCUGGCAGCUGAGGGCAGGCUGGGCCCCCAGACUCAACCGAGCUUGAAGAACUGUGCGGUGGGAGCCCCGCACUGAGCCCGGCCCCCUGGAUCCGUCGGGGCGCCUCCACCCGGCUGUUAGCAUGAUGUCUUACCUCAAACAACCCCCCUAUGGCAUGAACGGGCUGGGCCUGGCCGGGCCCGCCAUGGAUCUACUGCACCCCUCCGUGGGCUAUCCAGCCACCCCGCGGAAGCAGCGGCGGGAGCGCACCACCUUUACGCGCUCCCAGCUGGACGUACUCGAGGCACUCUUCGCUAAGACUCGCUACCCUGACAUCUUCAUGCGCGAGGAGGUGGCGCUCAAGAUCAACCUGCCAGAGUCCAGAGUCCAGGUCUGGUUCAAGAACCGCCGCGCCAAAUGCCGCCAGCAGCAGCAGAGCGGGAGCGGAACCAAGAGCCGCCCAGCCAAGAAGAAGUCGUCCCCGGUGCGGGAGAGCUCUGGCUCGGAAAGCAGCGGUCAGUUCACACCGCCCGCUGUGUCCAGCUCCGCCUCGUCCUCUAGUUCGGCUUCCAGCGCUUCUGCUAAUCCAGCGGCUGCAAGUGCUGCAGGCCUGGGUGGGAACCCGGCGGUGGCAGUGCCGUCGUCGUUGAGUACACCCGCUGCCUCAUCGAUCUGGAGUCCAGCCUCCAUCUCUCCCGGCUCAGCGCCGGCGUCAGUGUCGGUGCCCGAGCCAUUGGCCGCGCCUAGCAACGCAUCAUGUAUGCAGCGCUCUGUAGCCGCAGGCGCGGCCUCGGCUGCAGCCUCUUACCCCAUGUCCUACGGCCAGGGUAGCAGCUACGGCCAGGGCUACCCCACGCCCUCUUCUUCCUACUUUGGCGGCGUGGACUGCAGCUCAUACCUAGCGCCCAUGCACUCGCACCACCACCCGCACCAGCUGAGCCCUAUGGCACCCUCCUCCAUGGCGGGCCACCAUCACCACCACCCGCACGCGCACCACCCGUUGACCCAGUCCUCAGGCCACCACCACCACCACCAUCACCACCACCAUCAGGGCUAUGGCAGCUCCGGGCUUGCUUUCAACUCUGCCGACUGCUUGGAUUACAAAGAACCUGGCGCCGCUGCGGCUUCCUCUGCUUGGAAGCUCAACUUCAACUCGCCCGACUGUCUGGACUAUAAGGACCAAGCCUCAUGGAGGUUCCAGGUAUUGUGAACCCAAGCGUGUGAGAGGAAGAGAAACGCAACUACCUGCGCCCUCCGUGGUCCCCGUCCUGUUGCUGCUGCUGAUGCACCGCCCGCCUUUGCCUCGGCUUCUCUGGACCUAUUUUCAUGCCCCUUAAAGAUGCCCAUUGUCUGCACUGCCGCCCUUAUCUUUGUGCCACUUGCUUGGGGGCGGGGGGUGCGUGUGCAAACCUGCCCACCCCCUGGAUGAGGGAACUGGUGCUUCGGCUUGGCCCACAAGUUCUAUUACGGGAGAGUUGUGUGCUCUCCUCCUCAACCCCUCACGAAUUCCUAAGUAAUCCUCUUCCAGUCUUCCUGGACAGUUACGCACUUGCAGCCUUCGGAGGCUCUUCGCUCUGACUCGCCGUUUGAGCCCUACACUUUUAUUUAUUCUUUCUGGACACUGGAGUCACUAACUGGCAUGUGUCUGCCCACUGGAGUGCACCCACACUCUACUUCCAAGCAACCACUAAGUGUUUCUUGCGUGCAGACUGCCGCCCCUUCAUCUGCCCCCGGCCCCACUCCCCGCCUGCAGACCAGAGCUUCCCCGAGUCUCCUCCUCCCCAGCCGGAUGCGCUGGGGCAGGGCCGGAGAGGGAGGAGCGCUUCUCUAGCCUCUCACGCUCAGCCCCGCCCUGCGUAGAACUGGCUCAAGCUUCCGCCUCGGCGGGAAUGCUGUACAUAGUCGGGUCCGUUCCAGGGACCUCUUACACUUUAUAGUUGCUGUUGGUUGAACUGAGCAUAUCUCGUCUUAGCGCCCAGGAAAUAGAACCUAAGAUAUAUACAGCAUAUAUAUAUAUACACACACAUAUAUAUAAAAAAAGCAAAAAUAUUUUCCCUCGGUCCCCCGGCCUUUCUUCCUCAAACGAUGGCUCUUUUUCAGUUGUUGCAAAGCUCUCCUGCCCCCUCAUACCCUUUUCCUCUGUGUAUUUAUUAAAAGAGAACCGUUUGGUUCCAGGAAGCUGGGCGCAGAGGAUUGGAGGGUCCGGGAGGGCCGAGGAAACAGCCAAGCCAGGGUACAGGGAAGGGAGCUAGGCUGGGCUGGGGCGCAGGACUGAGUCCUUCACUAGGUCUAAGCACAGGGUCGCAGUUCCGUUUUAGAGACCAAAAACAAAAAGAAAGAAAAAUAAAAAUACAGUAUUAUAGAAAAACAAACCCAAGCCCCAAACCUCAGUUCCCACUCCUCUGUCAGCUUCUCUCUUUAAGCAGCAACCCUGUUUUGUCUAGUGAAUUCUUAGUGCACCUUCAUUCUAAAUCUGCGGAGAGCCCGCGCCUGUGUAUCAAUUUUGGCUUUGGCCGUUUCGUCCAGUAGGUGGGAAGGUAAUUUGUAAAUUUGAUUUGUCCGAUGUGAAGAUCACAAAUUACUUGUUGAAAUGUAAGGCAGCCCCCCUCCUACCCCUUUAUCCACAUUAUUUCCCGAAAAUAAAUGCAAAUUAAUGAA